AUGAGCAAUGUGAAUGAUCCUUCUUGGUCUGAAUACUUCACCGGUGAUGAACUUGAAGAAAUCAGCAAUCACAAUAAUCCAGCACUACCAAAAGUGUCAGAGAAGGUCAAGAACCAUCUCGACCUCUUCCGCACCUUCGACGCAAGCAAAAAUCCCAAUGGCAAGACUACCGAAGAGUUGAUGGCUUAUCAAGUCAACAAUACCGGGCUUGACUACAAGGAGGAUUUUGAUCUGAUUUGGAUCAAUAACAGCAUCGCCCAAGCAACGGAAUUGUAUCGAUGGGCCUACUUCCCGUUAACCGAUCAUUCCGAGGGUGAUCUUUUGCGCCGUGUCUGGCAAUUUGUAGACACUUGCUUUGAUGAUCAGAAAAUACAAGUUCGAGGUGGGGAGAAAACAAGCGCUGCGUCCGCAUUACGCAAGAAUGAAGGUCGUAACAACGCUGGUGUGGAAGCCAUGACCCGUAAAGCAUUGGGUCACCGUGGUGACUUGAUUUUUGUCAAGUCAGGGCUUGAAUUGGGCUGUGGUGAGCUCGGCCGGUACGACCGUGGGCCAAAAGGGUCGAAGGAGAUGCGUGAGGGGUUCCUAAAGACCCCAAAGAUGAUGAAAGAUGAGUUGUGCGCGCUCAUUGCCAAGUGUCCCGACCAAGUUGCCAAGUUGAGGAUUGUCGGAUUUAUCUCAAUGGGGCUUACAUUGCAGAUGCUUAUCAUGGACUGCCCCAAGGGCAAUGUUUGA